CAAAACAAAAACAAGAGAUUUUCCCUCCUGUAUUACCUUCGUCUCCGCAGCCUGAUACGCAGGAGCUAGGGUUUUCAAUGCAACCCCUUUUCUCCCAAAACCUCAAAGCGUCUCUCUUUUCUUCAUUCUCUCUCAGUCUGUGAUUUUCCCCUUUCUCAAUUGAAUCAGGAAUGGGGAAAAAGAAACCCAAAGACCCCGAAACCACCGCCCAAAACGACGCCGUUUCGUCUCAGCCCGACAUUUUCACGACCCUCUUUGGAGAGGUUAAGGACAAAAACGCAGUCGUUUCAAUCUUCUCCGACGACAAUCCUUUCCUACGGAAGCCCCAAGAGCGACAAACCCUAGAAGGUUCAGGAAGCUUCGAUAAUGGCGGAGUGGAGAAUCCUGACGCCGCCGUGCAGAAGGACAGGAAGAGAAAAGGCGAGAAAAAGGUGAGUCCUGGCUCGGAUUCGGCCGAUGAAGCUCCGGAGGCUCAGAAAUCGAAGAAAGGGAAGCUGAAGAGCUCCGAUUUGGAAGAUGGUGAUGAGGAUGUAGGGAAGAAGGAGAAUAAGAAGAAGAGGAAGAGAGAUGAGAUUGAGAAGGAGUAUGAGGCGAGGAAGUAUGGAGCUGUGGAUGGUAAUGUGGCGGAGGAGGAAGAGAAGCGAUUGAGCGGGAAAGUUGGGGAGAAGAGGAAGAGUGUGGAUAAUCCGGCGGAGACGUUGGUGCCGAAGGAAGGUUUCGACGACGAGAGCAAGCUUCUGAGGACGGUGUUCGUCGGAAAUUUGCCGUUGUCGACGAAGAAGAAGGCUUUGAUUAAGGAAUUUAGUAAAUUCGGAGAGGUUGAGUCCGUGAGGAUUCGGUCUGUGCCAAUUACCGAUACCAAAACACCGAGAAAAGGGGCAGUAAUUAGGAAACAAUUUCAUGAAGCUGCUGACAGCGUUCAUGCAUAUGUUGUUUUCAAGACAGAGGAAUCUGCGAAAGCUUCUUUGUCCCAUAACAUGGCUGUGGUGGGGGACCAUCACAUCCGAGUUGACAGGGCAUGCCCACCUCGCAAGAAGAUGAAGGGUGAUGAAGUUUCUCUUUAUGAUCAUAAGAGAACAGUUUUUGUGGGUAAUCUUCCAUUUGAUGUAAAGGAUGAGGAAGUGUAUCAGUUGUUUUGUGGUAUAAACAAUCUUGAUUCUAGCAUUGAAGGUGUUCGUGUCAUCAGAGAUCCUCACAAUAAUCUUGGAAAGGGUUUUGCUUAUGUUUUGUUUAAGACAAGAGAAGCUGCGAAUUUGGUUGUUAAGAAAAGAAACUUAAAGCUUCGAGAUCGGGAGCUGAGGCUUUUUCAUGCCAAACCAGAUUCGACACCAUUUAAGAGAAAGAACCCAGCAUCUGCAGAGAAAACUAGUUCCCCGGCAAAGAAGUUCCGGGAUUCGGGUAGUGGAGAUGUUAGCAAGAAGGCUUUCACAAACAUUUCGACGUCCUACCAGGGCUUGCGUGCGAGCAAAUCCGGUGUCCAAAAGAAAGUUGCAAAAGGUUUUAGACCAGAAAAGUCCACUACGAAAGCUCAUAAUGGAGUGCGGGAGCGUAAAGAGAAAAGACCAGCAGUUGCUGCCAGGAAGGCAAAAGCGAAUGCGCUAAGCGAAAUUGGUGCUUCGAAACAAGCGGGAACAAAACGUAAGAUGGAUAGCUGGACUCCAGAGAGUUCCCACAGGAAGAAGAAAGCGAAGAAAUUAAGGUAGAUUGUUGCCAAAUACAUGCUCUUGUAUACGGGCAUGAAUCACAGUUGAAAGGCUGUAACUGCUCUUUAGUUAACAUGGUGGAUGAUAGAGCCUCGUUAUUUCCUGUACGUCUAAAAUCGACUAUAUGAUAUAUUGUUCUGCAUUACCGCAAUUACUCUGUGAAAGAAACGGGAAUUUCUGUUUCUUCAA